AUGGGCUUUGGAUUCCUCACAAUGACCAAGAAAGAAGGAGCUGAGCUGGAGACUCCUGUGGAUGUCUUUGUGCAUCAGAGCAAGCUGUACAUGGACGGUUUCCGCAGCCUUAAGGAGGGGGAGUCUGUGGAAUUCACAUUCAAGAAAUCAUCAAAAGGCUUGGAGUCCACCCGAGUAACAGGGCCAGGGGGUACCCCAUGCAUUGGAAGUGAGAGGCGACCAAAAGUAAAAGGGCAGCAGAAAAGGAAGCCUAAAGGAGAUAGAUGUUAUAACUGUGGAGGACUUGAUCACCAUGCCAAGGAAUGUAAUUUGCCACCACAGCCCAAGAAAUGCCAUUUCUGCCAAAGUACUAGCCACAUGGUGGCACAGUGCCCAGAGAAGGCUGCACAGUCAGCCAUCUCUCCAGGAAAACCUGCCAAUGAGGAGUUGAUCCCUACAGCUGCAGAAUAG